AUGGAUAGCGAUGAGUAUAAAAAAGAAGUUGAAGCAAAUGUAAAGGCAGAAAAACUUUUACAGUUGCAAAACCAAACCGUACAGUAUGAAAACUUAGCACAAGAAAGUAAAAAUAACGACGCAGCCAUGCAAAAGGCAAUGAAAAGCGCAGAAUAUAUAAAAGCUAAUAAUGACUGGUUAGAUGCCCAAGCCAACGCUAAAGCAGCCCAACUUAUAGGGUCAAUAAGGACAAAAAUACAAGCGGAUGAAGACAGUUCAAAUGAAGCUUUAAUGAAUGCUGACUUUAAGAACGCCUUCGAAGCUCUUCAUAGUAAGGUGAAACUAGUGAACGACUUCUCAUCUGGAAAGAAACUGAAGUCUGAAGGUUUCGACAAAGAGUUAAGAGAAGUAGCACAAAAUAUGACGAAAAUAACAGAUGCAGCAACGAGACAGGCAGUUCAAAGUGCCUAUGACGCCGUUAGAGCAACUGUUGUGGAAAGUCAAGAAAAAGAGUUACAACAGACCAAAACAGACCUAGUAAAUGCUUUCUUAAAAACGAAAAGUCAGGUAGGACAUUAUGCUGCAGAUGGAACAUAUGUGCCAGCUGGUGGAACUUAUAUACCAGCUGGUGGAACUUAUAUACUAGCUAGUGGAACUUAUAUACCACCAAACCCUCCAAGAGAAGCACCUGCACCAGGACUACCUAAAACAUUUACAUCGUCACAUGGACACAGACACAGGCAUGCACCAAAACCAACACAACAACCAACACAACAACCAACACAACAACCAACAGUUCAAAACACUGCACCACAACCAACAGUUCAAAACACUGCACCACAACCAACAGUUCAAAACACUGCACCACAACCAACAGUUCAAAACACUGCACAGCAACAACCACAAACAGAGCAAGGACAUAAAAGAAGUAGAGAACAAGGAAACCAAGAAUUCUUAAAAAUGCUUAAGGAAGAUUAUGGUUACCCAGAUACUCUUGACUUUAGUGACAGAUAUAAAGAAGCUAUUAGAAAGUUCAAGGAAGGAAAUACUGACCCGAACCUAUUUAGCUUUAUGGUUCAGCACCAAAUGGGAUAUAAUUUCAAACCUGGAAAAUACAAGCUCGCUAAGAGAUAUGAUUUAAUAG